UUGGAGUGAACUUAUUUCAUUCACAUGUUGUCUGUUGUUUUAUGCAAUAAUGUGGCAAAUGGUUGACUUUAGGCUCACUAUUUAAUCUCAUUUAAUUGUGCUGUUACUACAAAACCCAUGAUAUUGCAAUACUGGCAAAUGAAUGUCAACCUGUUAUAGAUGUUGUGUAAAUGCAAGGGAUGUAGCAAACCUUUCUCCAUACAUCGGUGUGUCAGUCUGUUUUGGGGAGAGGUGGGGGGUUGGUUUUUUGACUUCCCUUGAUAGAUAUGAAGCCUGUUUGCUGUAGUUGCAAUAUUUUUGAUAAGUUUGGUAGCUAUUCUUCAUGCUGAUAAUAAAAUGAAAAAGAACAGAGCAUACUUGAACCUUUUAUGGCAGUUGUUGCAUGGUCUUUUUCCCCCUGUUAUAAGAUCAUCUGUGUUUAUUGAUUAUUUGUUGUUGCCAGCACCUUGUACAUUUAAAUACUUAUUCAAGAAGGCACAACCCAUGUAUAGAUAUCAGAUUUUUAGUACCACUAGAAGGUAUAAGGAGAAAAGGAUAUGCAUGUCUUCAAAUUCCACUCUGGCUUUCCCCAUUUUAUCAUAUUUGUCGCUGUGUUUCGUAAUUUGUAUCACUGUUUUAUAUAAUUUUCAUGCAGUCUAGUUGUGCAUUUCAUCCAUCGACAUCAUGUUCGUAAUAUUUUUCCUUCCGUUUCUUGUAAUCUCCAUAAAAGAAAAAAUUGCAGGUGAACUAUCAGGAAUGAGGGGAAGAAGCUACAGUUAUAGUCCAUCACCACCAAGGGGUUACGGGAGAAGAGGUCGGAGCCCAAGCCCAAGAGGUCGUCAUGGAGGCCGUGGUAGAGAUCUUCCAACCAGUCUUCUAGUUAGAAAUCUUCGUCGUGACUGUAGGCCUGAGGAUCUUCGUAGGCCAUUUGGACAAUUUGGUCCUCUUAAGGACAUUUAUUUGCCUCGUGAUUAUUACACUGGAGAGCCACGAGGAUUUGGAUUUGUCCAAUAUGUGGACCCAAAUGAUGCAGCUGAAGCAAAAUAUCAAAUGGAUGGACAAAUCCUACUUGGGAGGGAAUUGACCGUUGUAUUUGCAGAGGAAAACAGAAAGAAGCCAGCCGACAUGAGGGCCAGAGAGAGAUUAAGAGGUCGAGCAUACGACAACCGUCGUUCCCCUCGCUAUUCUCGUUCUCCACGCUAUGCAAGGCCUCGGUCUCGCAGCCGUAGUUACGAUUCACCUUCUCCCAAGCGAGGACACUACUCAAGAUCUGUUUCACCCCAAGAUAGAAGUAGGUUGCACCGUGAUAGGUCCUACUCAGGCUCACCUGCAUACAGCAGGUCAAGGAGUCGGAGCCCGAUUGAUGAUUAUCCGAAUAAGCCAUCGCACACUGAAAGGUCCCGAUCUGUCAGCCAGUAAAGUGGACUGGAUUUGAGGGAACCUAUAUUUGUAAUUUCUGACAAAAGCUGAUGAUGUAUGCCGGAUGUUAGCACUAUUUUCGUUGGACGUGGUAGCCUUUUGGAUGUUAUCCUUGGUGUAGUGUGGCAAUGAUGAGAUCGAAAGUUAGGGCUUUAAAUUUAAGUGCUGGGAUGGGGCUUUAAUACUAUCUGAAUUUCUGUGUGGAGGGUUUGGUUUCUUGGUUUCUGAUGCAUGCGCUUAACUGUGAUGCUCGAGCCGUCAGAGCUUUUACUUGAUUUUCCAAACCUCGAGCCGUCAGUGCUUUUACUUGAAUUUCCA